AUGGUUUUUACUCAAACAGAGAUGACUUAUGACUACGAUCAAUACGACUCUGACGACUCGACUGGUGGCAUGAUCUUCAAUAUUAGGAAUCUUGAGGUCAAGGACUCCACCUCACCGCACCGGCUCAACCUGGAGAUUGCCUCGCAACUGAUCAAAAAGGACAAGACCAGCAAGGCGAGAGCCAUUCUUGAGGACAUGCCCGAAUUCAAGCUCAACCCCGAGAAACUUGAGAAGGAAGGCCUGAUGUGGAAGGAGACGGGUCUCGAGAGAGGCGAUCUCUCUCCGGAGGGCACCGAGUUUGUUUCGUGGAAGAUGGUCCGCGGUUAUCCUGAGAUGUUUGCCAAGGAAAUGUUUACCAUCGAAGGACUUCACAAGAACCGGGUCUGGGAUAUUUAUUACCUUCACCAGCCCAAGACGAUCCAUCCCAAGCCUGGCCUGUUUGUGCCCACCUACCAGUUCCAGCAUAUGUUGGACACGAUCAAUGCUCGGUUGGAAAUCAACCUUACCAUCCCCCCCGGCAAGAACGAAGCCAAGUUCAGACUGGUUUUUGGCGAUGGCAACACGCCUCGACCUCGUUUUCUUGGCCGCACCCACAGUGCCGAUGAAUUCAAGGACCUCUGUGGUCUUGUUCCCCGCCCGAAGCCCGAGGACGAUAUCCAGCAAGGAACCGAGGAGGGGCAGGCGAAGCUCAUCUCUGUCUUGAAGAUGAUUUCCAACUCCCACAAGAAGACUGAAAAGGCCAAGAAGAACGCGUACAAGCGCUUUGAAGCCCACCUUGCUUGGGGUCACGGAUUGAAGCGCACACAGUGCUACCUUGGUCUCCGCGAGCACAAGACAGCUGAAGCCACUGGCCAGCCCUCCGCGGUGAGGUUUGUGUGCAUCGAUGUUGAAGCCUGGGAGAAAAAUCCGAACAUCAUCACCGAGGUUGGCGUCGCCAUUCUGGACACACCCAAUCUCAAGGACAUGGCCCCAGGUGAAAACGGCCAGAGUUGGUUCGAGGCCAUUGAAGCUCGCCACUUCUGGGUAGCGGAGUACACUUGGGCUCAGAACAAAAAAUACGUCAAGGGUUGCCCUGAGAACUUUGACUUUGGUGAAACCGAGGUUGUUCAGGGUAAACAUGUGCCCGAGACCAUGGAAACCAUCAUUGACAACAGCCCUUACCCGGUUGUGCUGGUCUUCCACGAGUCUGGUUCUGAUAUCAAGUUUCUCGAGGCGAUCAAGUACAACAUCUACAAGGCCCAGAACGUUCUCGAGAUUAUCGACACCAAGCAUAUGUACCAGUAUGCCGUCCGCAGCAACAAGCAGCCCAGCGUGAGCACUGUCUGCGAGUUCUUGGGGAUCCAGACGAAGAACCUGCACAAUGCUGGCAAUGACGCCGUUUACACCUUGCAGGCCAUGAUCGGUUUGGCGGCCAAGCAGCGUGAGGAGAGUUUGAGAAGAGCUCGCGGAGAGGGCGUCCAGGUGCCUCGGAUUGCUCAGCAUCAUGUUCCUUUUGCCGAACUGGUUGAGAAGGAGGGUUGGACGAGUGGUGGUGAGGAUUCUGACGGUGGUCGCCCGGUUAGACCUGCGCAGUUUGAGAUGAAUUUUUCGACUUAUGCGCCGGUGCAGAGCGGUGGGGUUGAUGAUUGGCAGAGGGGAAAAGAGACAUUGCAUGCUUAG